AACAUUCGCUAACCAAAUUGGUAGACAAUUAUUUCAUUACCGAAUGCAAUUUACGUCACUGUUUACAUCGGGAAGAAAUUUUGAGAUUGAAAUGCGCAUUUAUACAAGAUUGUGAAACGGUUACGUGUUCGGUCGGGCACUUUGGAUUUCAAUGCAGAUAUUUAAAAGUUCAAAGCAACAUGUGGCUGUGAUAAUGAUGUUGGAAAUUUGUUUUAGUUUAACUAAUGAAAUUUCAUGCGGACAUGUGGAUGAGAAUAUUACGGCUGUUGAUCUUUUAGACAACAUUAAAACAGAAACAACAAAAGUGUAUAACGACACGAAUGAAUCAACUUUAAAGAACAACAUAACGGAGUCGAAAACAUGUAUUAAUUGCAGUUUAUCGGCCCGUGACAUAAAAAAUGUUGAAGAAAACUGCUCUAUAUCUCGGGGCUGGAACCUCAAAGGUUCCGACUGGGGUUGUUGUGGCAACUAUCCUGGCUGCUGCACGUUCGCUUCUUUCAUCUGCUACAUACACGACGCUCUGUGCAAAUGUUGCGAUGUUGGUGGCACAUUCUGCGGGCCUACUUGCAAACCGGAAGUGUCUUGUGCAAGUUUUACUGCUGACAAAACUAAAGAUAACAAUUGUGCUGAUAAAAUUCUAAAUUUUACUAACACCACACACGAAAAUCAGGAACAUUUUAAUGUUGAUUAUGUUGAUGCAAUGAAUCAGACAGACAGUAGAAAUAAUACGCAAAGGAACUUUUUUCUCCGCGGAAGAGCUGUAAGUGGAUCUGAGGACAAUGUUUCUCAAGAUGGCGGCGACUGUGAAGAAGGAAGUGGAGAAAUCGACUCGUGAAAGACCGUGGAUACGUCAGUAGUUAAAAGCUAAAUUACAGCAGUUUUGGCACUGAUUAGAAAAAUAAUCAUUAGCAUUGAGUGCAUUUAGAAAAUCACCAAGGAUUAUUUCGUCUGUUACCAAGGUGCCAUUUACUUUAGUCAUUUUUUUUUAACGAAAAAUGUAUUUCUCUUGAAAACAUAAUGCAGCACCCAGUUAGAAUAUCAAUCGAAAUAUCGUACCUUUAUUCAGGGUCUUUCAAACUUGCUCUAUUAAAGAGACAUUACUGCAAUAGUAGUGCAUACAUUUUAUAAGAGUUACGUCCCUUUGUCCAUAUAACACUUUAUUUUCAAUUAUGAUAUAAUGCAAAAUAUAAUUAAAGCGGCACUCAGUGGUAUCUUUUAUGUAAAUUUUCAUUGAAAAGUCAACAUGAGCUCAAUGACAGAUUACUGGAAAAGUUGCAAUAUAGACAGAUUUAAUAUGUUUAGAAAAUAACAUCGUUUUCUGUUUUUCUUAUCCAUUUAUUUUUUUGGCCAAGAUUUACUCUAAUUCGACUUCCAGAAGAGUUCCUGGUCCAGUAUCAACAACUUCCGGUCAAACAUUUCAAAUAUAUUAUAAUAAAUGUAACUUACCAACAAUGUAUAGUUUCCAGUUUUUACAGGCCUAUAAUGUUAUGUUUUGUUGUGAUUCUUACAAAUUGAUUAAAUAUAGCUACGUUAUAAAAGAA